GGGAGAAGAUCCAAAUAAGUAAGUAAGAAAUGAAUAUGUCCACAGUAGGAUGAUGGGAAAAAAAAUGAAAAGAUAAAGGAGACGUAACAGCUGAGAUCUUAGAAAUACAAAGAAUCUUAUUCAAGUUUUUGUGCUGAAUUUGAAAGAUUAAAAAAAAAUACAAAGAAUCAUUAGAGACUAUCAUGAAUAACCAUAUGCCAACAAAUAGGAAAACCUAGAAGAAAUGGAUAAAUAUCUAGAAACAUACAACCUACCAAGAAUGAACCAUGGAGAAAUAGAAAACCUCAACAAACAAAUAAUGAAUCAUGAGAUCAAAGCCAAAAUAACACAUCUCCCAUCAAAGAAAAGCCCAGAACCUUCUGGAUUCACUCCUGAAGUCCACCAAGUAUUUAAAGAAUGAAUACCAGUCUGACUCAAAUUAUUCCAAAAAAAUAAAGAGAACGGAAUACUAAAAAACUAAUUAAAUGAGGCCACCAUUACCCUGAUGCCAAAACCAAGUAAGACUUUAAAAAGAUCAUUCACCAUGAUCAAGUAAGAUUUGUCGCAGGAAUACAAGUUUGUUUCAACAUAUGCAAAUCAAUAAACAUGAUAGUCUGUCUGCCAGCGCCGCCCGGAUGGCCUCCCAAAACCGCAACCCAGCUGCCGCUAGCGUCGCUGCCGCCUGUAAAGGAGCCCAGCAGAGCGGGGACGCCGCGCGGGGCCCCGUGGGCAAAAGGCUACAGCGGGAGCUGAUGACCCUAAUGAUGUCUGGCGAUAAAGGGAUUUCUGCCUUCCCUGAAUCAGACAACCUUUUCAAAUGGGUAGGGACCAUCCAUGGAGCAGCUGGAACAGUGUAUGAAGACCUGAUGUUUAAGCUCUCCCUAGAGUUCCCCAGUGGCUACCCUUACAAUGCGCCCACAGUGAAGUUCCUCACACCCUGCUACCACCCCAAUGUGAACACCCAGGGUAACAUAUGCCUGGACAUCCUGAAGGACAAGUGGUCUGCCCUGUAUGACGUCAGGACCAUUCUGCUCUCCAUCCAGAGCCUGCUAGGAGAACCCAACAUCAAUAGUCCCUUGAACACACAGGCUGCCGAGCUCUGGAAGAACCCCACAGCUUUUAAGAAGUACCUGCAAGAAACCUACUCAAAGCAGGUCACCAGCCAGGAGCCCUGACCUAGGCUGCCCAGCCUGUCCUUCUGUCAUCUUUUUUAUUUUUCCUUAGAUGGUCUGUCCUUUUUGUGAUUUCUGUAUAGGACUCUGUAUCUUGAGCUGUGGUAUUAUUUUUGUUUUGUUUUGUCUUUUAAAUUAAGCCUCGGUUGAGCCCUUGUGGUGUAUAUUAAAUAAAUGCAUUUUGGUCAAAAA